AUGGUGGUGAGAGAAGGGCGCUAUGGCCGGAGGCAGCGGGCGCUGCUGUGCUGCGUGUUGGUGGCGGCGUGGGAGGCGGCGCGGGGGCAGCUGCGUUACUCGGUGCCCGAGGAGCUGCCCAAGGGCUCGUUCGUGGGCGACGUGGCCAAGGACCUGGCGCUGGAGCUGGCGGCGCUCGGCGCCCGAGUGGUGUCCCCAGGCAGGGCGCAGUAUUUUGCUCUGCAUGCGAGCAGUGGCCACUUGGUGACAGCCGAGAGGAUAGACAGGGAGCAGCUGUGCGACGUUGUACAGCAAUGUGUGCUGCGCUGUGAGCUGAUCGUGGAGGGCGAGAUGAAGGUUUAUGCAAUCGAAGUGGAAAUCACGGACAUUAACGACAACGCACCCAGCUUCCGAGAGGCAGAAAUAGAACUGAAAAUGAGUGAGGUGACGGCCCCGGGGUCGCGAUUUCCCCUACCAGAAGCUCAUGACCCGGACGUGGGUGUGAAUUCCCUGCAGAGCUACGCGCUGAGCGGCGACGAGCACUUCUCGCUGUCCGUGCAGGCGGGAGCCGACGGCGAGAAGCGUCCCGAGCUGGUGCUGGCCAAGGCGCUGGACCGGGAGGAGGCGGCGUUUCACGAGCUGCUGCUGAGGGCGAGCGACGGCGGCGACCCGGCGCGGACGGGCACGGCGCGCAUCCGCGUGGCUGUGCUGGACGCCAACGACAACGCGCCCGCGUUCAGCCAGGCGGUGUACACGGUGCGAGUGCCCGAGGACGUGCCCGUGGGCUCCACGCUGCUCACCGUCACCGCCACCGACCCCGACGACGGAACCAACGGAGACGUGAAAUAUUCUCUGAAUAAAAUUACUCAGAAAGCUUCAAAGAUAUUCCAUCUUGAGUCGAAAACGGGAGCGAUCAGGCUUGUGAGGAACCUGGACUUUGAGGAAUGGAAUUCUUACGAAUUGGAAUUACAGGCACGAGAUGGCGGUGGCCUUUUCGACACAGCGAAGGUGUCGAUCUCGGUGACGGACGUGAACGACAACGCGCCCGAGAUUUCGGUGCGGUCGGCGCUGAGCGAGAUCUCGGAGGACGCGGCGCCGGGGACGGUGGUGGCGCUGCUGCACGUGCAGGACCGCGACUCGGGCGCCAACGGGGAGGUGCGGUGCAGCCUGGGCGAGGGCGUCCCGUUCCGGCUGGAGCGGGCGCUGGACGACUACUACAGCGUGGUGACGGCGCGGGAGCUGGACCGCGAGCGGGCGUCGGAGUACAACGUGACGGUGCGGGCGGCGGACGGCGGGUCGCCGGCGCUGCGGAGCGGCGCGGUGCUGGCGCUGCGGGUGCUGGACGUGAACGACAACGCGCCGGUGUUCGCGGAGGCGCGCUACAGCGCGCGGCUGCCCGAGAACAACGCCGAGGGCGCGCUGGUGCUGACGGUGCGCGCGUGGGACGCGGACUGGGGGCAGAACGCGCGCGUGCGCUACCGGCUGCGGGAGGGGCGGCUGCGGGGCGCGCCGCUGUCGUCCUACGUGUCGGUGCAGGCGGAGACGGGCGCGCUGUACGCGCUGCGCUCGUUCGACUACGAGGAGGUGCGCGAGGUGGAGCUGUGGGUGCGGGCGGAGGACGGCGGCGCGCCGCCGCUCAGCAGCAACGUGUCGGUGCGGCUGCUGAUCGCGGACGAGAACGACAACGCGCCGCAGGUGCUGUACCCGCCGGCGGCGCCGGGGCCGGGUCCGGGGCCGGGAUCGGGCUCGGGCGUCGGUGCGUGGGGCUCGGCGUCGGGCGCGUGGAGCUGGGCGGGCGUGGAGCUGGCGCCGCGCUCGGCGGAGCCCGGCGCGCUGGUGGCCAAGGUGGUGGCGGUGGACGCGGACGCGGGGCAGAACGCGUGGCUGUCGUACGAGCUGGCCAAGGCGACGGAGCCGGGGCUGUUCCGCGUGGGGCUGCACAGCGGCGAGGUGCGCACGGCGCGCUCGCCGCUGGCCCGCGACGCGGCCCGGCACAGCCUGGUGGUGGUGGUGAAGGACCGCGGGCGGCCGGCGCUGUCGGCCACGGCCACGCUGACGGUGGUGCUGGCCGAGAGCGUGGCCGAGCUGCUGUCGGAGCUGGGCAGCGCGGCGGCGCCGGCCGAGCCCGCCGGCAGCCUGACGCGCUGGCUGGUGCUGGCCGUGGCGGCCGUGUCCUGCCUCUUCCUCGCCUUCCUGCUGCUGCUGCUGGCGCUGCGCCUGCGCCGCUGGCGCCGCUCGCGGCUGCUGCCGCCGCCUUCGGCCGGCGCCGCCUUGCGCGGCGUCCCGGCCUCGCACUUCGUGGGCAUCGACGGCGUCCGCGCCUUCCUGCGCUCCUACUCGCACGACGUGUCGCUCACCGCCGACUCGCGCAAGAGCCAGCUGCGCUGCGCGGGCGGCAGCUGCUGCGACACGCUCCCGGCCCGGCCGCCGUCAGAUGUUUCAGAUGCUCUCGUCCCGAUGGGUGAUGACAUGGUGGUGAAUAGAGACCACAGUUCCACUGAGCUUCUGUACCGGCUGCUCUGA